AUGAUAAAUGUAUAUAUCAACCAGCCAAAGAAAAACUGUAAUGAAAAGAGCUCAAAAACUUCAAUAUCUGCUAAAUCCUCAAUCAAGAAAUAUUUUCUUAAAAAGAACUAUUAUAGGUCAAAGUGGAAGCAUCAUCGAUUUAUUUACCAUAAUCAUUCAGCUCAUAAUCCAUGAGAGAUUAAUGAAAAAAGCUAUAAAUUCGAUGAACGCUCAUCCUUGAUAUUAGAAUUUUACUAUAGUAUUAGAGAUAGAAAUUUUAAAUUCGAUGAAAUUUUAGCUAGUUUUUAUCGUCAAUGUGAAGAGUGCAUUCGGACUCAUGGAAAGUUAGCAAAAAUUCUCUAUGAUUAUGAAACAAAACUAACUUUUAAUUCAUAUUAUAAGGAAAAUAAAAGAUUCGACAAAGAAGAAGGAAAAAAGAUUUUUCAAAAAAAUAAAAGAGAAUAUAUUCCGAUGAAAAAUAUGAAAUUUUUAGAACUAAUUAGUGGAAUUUACAAGAGUUUUAGUAAUGAGAUGCUUUAA